UCGGAACGAAUCAAAAUGUUAACCAUUUUCUUAAUCUCGUUGGUCUCGAUCAUAUUUAUACACCAGUUAUAUAAAUAUGCAGUCGAUCGUCCUGAAGGCUUCCCGCCGGGUCCUCCACGAUUGCCACUAUUCGGGAGCUAUCUAUUUAUGCUCUUGAUCAAUCAUAAUUACCUACACAAGGCGGUUCUAUCGCUCAGCAAGUGGUACAAAUCGGACAUUGUUGGCCUAUAUGUGGGCAAGUUUCGAGUUGCCGUGGUCCACAAUGGAGAGGGUGUACGCGAGCUCCUGAAUAAUCAGGCCUGCGACGGACGUCCCGCUCUCUAUUUGAGUAGAAUGCGCGAUCCUGGCGAUGGUGUGCGAGGCAUAUUCUUUCAGGAGGGACUUCUGUGGAAAGAGCAGCGUCGCUUCAUUCUACGUUUUCUGCGUGACUACGGAUUUGGUCGUCGCUUCGAUCAGUUGGAGAUGGUCAUCAAUGAGGAGAUAACAGACAUGAUAGAUCUGAUACGCAACGGUCCCCGCUAUGAGCACGAGCAUCUUCUGGUCAAGCCGGGCGGAUAUAGAAUACAAUUGCCUAUGUUCUUCAAUCCCUUCUCAGCCAAUAGCCACUUUAGCAUUGUCUACAACGAACGGAUUCCCAGAGCUGAAAUGGCCAAUGUAGUGAAACUUGUUCAGUUGGGCCUACAAUUCCAGCGCAAUGCCGAUGAUUAUGGAAGAUUAUUGAGCAUUAUACCCUGGAUCCGACAUAUCUUUCCCGAGACGAGCGGAUAUAAAAAACUGAAUGAGUCGAACCAAUAUAUAUAUAAAUUCUUUGCGGACUUUGUCGAUCGCCACAUUGAAACCUACGAUGAAAGCUGCGAACGAAAUUUCCUCGAUCUCUACAUAGCCGAAAUGAAAAAGGAACUACCCGAAGAGUACGGCUUCAAUCGAGAGCAGUUCAUCAUGGGUCUUGUCGAUUUCUCAUUGCCUGCCUUCACAGGACUAGGUGUCCAAUUGGCAAUGAUUGUGCAGUACCUCAUGAUCUAUCCCGAGGUCGCGAAGCGCAUACAACACGAGAUCGAUGAGGUGGUGGGCAGUGGACGCUUGCCUACCUUGGAAGAUCGUGACAAAAUGCCCUAUACGGAGGCAACGAUACGAGAGAAUCUGCGCAUGGAGACUUUGGUACCUUCCGAUGUGCCGCACAAAGCUCUAGAAGACACUGAACUAAUGGGCUAUCGUAUACCCAAAGACACAGUAGUGUUAGCCAGUCUAUACGCUAUGCACUCGGACAAACGGAUCUGGAAGGAUCCCGAAAAUUUCCGACCUGAACGUUUUUUGGACGAUGACGGCAAACUGUGUCUCAAGAAGGACGUAUCUCUACCUUUUGGCGCUGGCAAACGAUUGUGUGCCGGGGAGACCUUUGCACGGAAUUUGCUAUUCCUAAUGACUACAGCUAUGUUGCAGAACUUUGAUUAUACUCUUGCCCCGGGUGACAGCCUGCCUGAUGUUUCCAAGAAUGAGAGUGGAUUAAUUAUUUCACCUCCCGAUUUCUGGGUACAACUUAAGGAGCGCUAA